CGAGGGUUGGGAGAUGAGGAAGUACAAAAUAUACCAUCAUAUUUCUCAUGCUUUGUUUUAUAAUAUUUGGUAUUUUUCGAUAUUUUUUGCUUUGAAUCUCGUCCUAUACACGCGAAAUCAAAGGCUGCGCUCGAUCACAGAAAGCAACCACGCUGAUCCUGAAAUAAAUAAUGAAGGUAUAAAUAUAUAAAUUGGACAUAUGUGAAGUUGAGAAUAUUCUUUAUUCAGUGGUAUAUUUUUUGUUCCAUUUCAUGCCUUGCUUGUCUCAUAUCACGUCGAGAUCAUAUCAGAACGCGCUGAUCAUGAUCCUUUAGCGCGCGCCCGAAAUACUAUAAGAAGUAAACACACCUUCGACUUCUGUUCUCAUCAUCAAAACUUUCAAGUAAUCUACAAUGGCCAGAACAAAGCAAACAGCACGUAAAUCAACCGGUGGUAAAGCUCCACGUAAGCAACUCGCUACUAAGGCAGCAAGAAAGACAGCCGCCCCACAAGCAGCUGGUGGUGUUAAGAAGCCACACCGUUACCGUCCAGGUACUGUCGCCCUCAGAGAAAUUCGUCGUUACCAAAAAUCCACCGAAUUGCUCAUUCGUAAAUUGCCAUUCCAACGUCUCGUUAGAGAAAUUGCACAAGAUUUCAAGACUGACUUGCGUUUCCAAUCAUCUGCAGUCAUGGCUCUACAAGAAGCAAGUGAAGCAUACCUCGUCUCCCUCUUCGAAGACACAAACUUGGCUGCUAUUCACGCUAAGAGAGUUACUAUCCAACCAAAGGAUGUUCAACUUGCUCGUAGAUUACGCGGUGAACGUGUUUAAAUUACACAUCGGAUUCCAUUCGUGUAUCAUUAUUUUCUGUACUCUAUACACUUCUAUUUAGGAUAUCAAAAAUAUUGUGAAAAACUU